CCGUGCCGUACUCUGUCGCCAAGGCAGCCCUGGACCACUUGACUCGAUGUGCUGCACUAGAGAAUGCUCCGUACGGUGUGCGCGCGAACACGAUCAACCCGGGUGUCAUCAAGACGCUGAUGAUGCUGAAACCUGGAGUCAGUGUAGAACAACACAUGGAGCAUUUGGAGAAAGCGACCAGUUCUGUGCACCCGCUCGGACGAGUGGCCACACCAGAAGAAAUCGCUCGUUGCAUCGCCUUCUUGGCGUCCGACGACGCCAGUUUCAUCACGGGGGUCACGAUGCCAGUUGACGGGGGCGUGCUCCUCACGUCUUCCGUCUCGGGUCCCGCCCCGUCGGCGGCGGCCAAAAAGGCUCCCUAAGAAGCCAAGCACGUAGCCUUGCUUGGCGAUACUGGUGGUACUACAAGACGCUCGAAAAAUAAGAGCGGAGUUGCAGA